AUGAAUCGUUUGUUUGACGACAUAUUUGGCAAUGCCACAUUUGAAUCGGAUAUUUCGAUGUGGAUUAACAGCGAGGACUUGGGGGCCAACUCCAACUUACAUACGGAUGAUUCUUUCGAAUCGUUGUCGUCUUUCCAACUUCCGGAUGGGAUGAUGAAACCAGAUGCUACAGAUCUUCAUCACUAUCGCUCCGCUGACGAAAAUAUCGCCACCUUGCCCAAAGAGGACCUUUUACGUCAAAAAUGGUUUAGCUUUGUUAGUGUACAGAGCACAGGCUACUCGACCCCCGACGAUGGAGCCGAACGCAAACAUAUUGAUGAAAACUUCAUGAAAGGCUUAUAUCAACGACUUCACCCGCCAGCCCCGGACCAAAGCCUCCCGUCUGCGGAUUUCCUGCUUCGCAUUGCUAAUUGA